UCCUGUUGUAAGCUGUCUGUCAAGUGAAGAGGCUGGGGCUUUCGGCUUGACGCUAUUUGGCCUCAACAGCUCCGGCCUAAAGGUUUAAAGGAGGUACAUUUGAAAUAUACUUUACGUCGCCAAAUGAGAAAGUAAUGUAUCCCUGGUUUACUUAGAACAGGGAGUUCCGCACUUUCACAAAUUAAUGUACAGAGGGGUAGAGGUGCUAGAUAACGUUACCCACAAACUAUCAAUCUUGUUGGUGUUUCUGUCGCAGCUUCUGCUUGUCAUUACACUUUCAAAACAGCUCUUUCUGAUUUUGGGGGAUACAAUGGGGGCGUUUUUGGACAAGCCAAAGAUGGAGAAGCACAAUGCUCAUGGUGAGGGGAACCGUCUGACCUAUGGCCUGAGCAGCAUGCAGGGCUGGAGGGUGGAGAUGGAGGAUGCCCACACGGCUGUCAUUGGCCUGCCUCAUGGGCUCGACCCUUGGGCCUUCUUUGCGGUUUAUGAUGGGCAUGCUGGCUCCCAGGUAGCUAAAUACUGCUGCGGGCACCUUCUGGAGCACAUCACCAGCAACCCAGACUUCCAGAGUGCUCUGGAGCCGGAACCCAAUGUAGAGAGUGUGAAGACCGGCAUCCGCACAGGUUUCCUGCAGAUUGACGAGCACAUGCGGUCCAUCUCUGAGAAGAAGCACGGUGUGGACCGCAGCGGCUCCACCGCGGUGGGGGUCAUGAUUUCCCCAGGUCACAUCUACUUCAUCAACUGUGGAGACUCCCGGGGUCUUCUUAGCCGUGGAGGAGCUGUGCACUUUUUCACACAGGACCACAAGCCCAGCAACCCACUGGAGAAGGAGAGGAUCCAGAACGCAGGUGGCUCUGUCAUGAUCCAGCGAGUGAAUGGCUCUCUGGCAGUGUCCCGGGCACUGGGAGACUUUGACUACAAGUGUGUGCAUGGCAAGGGCCCCACGGAGCAGCUGGUUUCACCAGAGCCUGAGGUGUAUGCCAUUGAAAGGUCUGAGGUGGAAGAUGAGUUCAUCGUCCUAGCCUGCGACGGCAUCUGGGAUGUCAUGGCCAAUGAGGAACUUUGUAACUUUGUCAGGUCCAGGCUUGAGGUGACCGAUGACCUUGAAAGAGUCUGCAAUGAAAUUGUUGACACUUGCUUGUACAAGGGGAGUCGGGACAAUAUGAGUGUUGUGCUGAUCUGCCUCCCAGGGGCUCCAAAGGUGACUGCAGAAGCUGUGAAAAGGGAAGCGGAGCUGGAUAAGUACCUGGAAAGCAGAGUAGAAGAGAUCAUAAAGAAGCAGGGAAACGAAGGGGUUCCAGACUUGGUCCACGUGAUGCGGACGUUAGCAUCGGAGAGCAUCCCUAACCUCCCUCCUGGGGGAGAGCUGGCCAGCAAACGAAGCGUUAUUGAAGCAGUGUACAACAAACUCAACCCAUACCGAGGUGAUGACGCAGACUCAGCAUCAACAGACGACAUGUGGUAACACAACUCCUACCACUAACACAGCACAGAGUUUACAAACCUCUACCCUCAAGAAUCACAGCAGCUUGUCUCCCCACCACUCUGAGCGUUCCAUUUGUAAGAAGGGAAUAUGAUGGGAGGAGGAGGAGAUGCGCACACACACCCCUACACCCCAGAUAGAGCAGCACCAGUCAGCUCUGGAGUUCAGGAUCCCCUUCAUUUUGUCUCACCUUUAUUUUCAAUCCCACCCUUAACCUGUUGGGACUCUGUAGUUAUGUUUUAGGUUUUCUUUUCUUUUUUUUAAUCAGUUAAAACAACUAUUUUGGGCUGUAAUUUCCUUGUUUGUAUAUUUCUGUUUUGGUGAAGUGCAAUUGUCCUGUACAAAGCCUGUAUUUAAUACAGCUUGAGUUAAAGUUAAAAGAAAAAAAAGAACCUUUAUACACUAUCAGCCCUUUUCCUGCUCUUCUGGAGUUCCAACAAAUGUCUAUUCAGUGAAUAUUACUGUUUGUCCUCCAGGUGAUAUUAUCCUCUUGCUCUUUUUCUUUUUUUUUUGUCUUUGCUCUUUAAGAAACGGGUAAAUUGUAUAGGUUCACAGCACAGUAAGCUCUCUAAACCAUAAAUUCUAAUAUCUACAUUUCUUUUGUUUGUAUAAAAAAAAUCUACGUAGUGUAGUAACUAUGGUACUACAGUCUUUCAUUGUGUGUUCUGUCUUUUGGGGGCAAUUCUUGUUCAUCACCUGUAAACAACGCAACAAAGCAGUUCCUAGAUGCAAAUGAAGAUGAGCUCACCUGACAUCUUUUAACACUUGUGGUGUGUGUGUGCCUGCCUGUGGGUAGUGGCAAGUGUUUCUAGGUGCUUGUGUGCGUGCACAUGUUUGUAUAGAGGUAGAUCUGUAGCUGUUAGCUAAUGUUUGCUAUGGUGGUGCAGAUUAUGGCAAAUGUUCCUCCAUUACUCCUACAUACCUAUUGUGCACCUGUCUUGUAUAUCAGUACGAUACUACCCUUCACUUCAGAGCACACUUUAUAUGACACUGGAUGGAUUAAGUUGACUUUUUGCUAUUUUUAACUUAUGACAUCUGCCACAACCAUUUUGUAAUUCUACUGACAUGCAGUGAUUUAUGCUAAUCUGACUAGUUUACAUGUUCAUGUCAUUCAUGUAAGAAUUUUUUUUUAAAUAAAUGUAAUAUGUCACAGAUGCACAUAUUUCAUCUUUAUGAUGGCCUGGCAUGCCAAGUGAAGAUUUCUGAGAUUCAGUGCAUUUUAUUUGUUAAAAGCCUGCGUUUGGUACUGAGAGAAGUUCAAAUCACAACAUCUAUAUGAUAAUCUGAUUUUACAAGUGUAUAAGUGCCGAUUUAGUUAAACCCUAAUUACCACCAUCAGUCUGAGUGAACCUUCAAUCUUCCCUUAACAAUUUUGAGGUGGUAUUUUUUUUAAUUGUUGCGAUAUUCAACUAUACAACCAAGAACAAAUCCACUGAAUGCAAUGAGCUGUCCUAGAGUACCUUAUAUUUACUCUGAGUGGUUUGGGGGGCUCUGUGUAGAGUCCUCAGCCACUGCACCAGGAGCCUGUGCACAAUAUGGUAUGCUUCUAAAAUGUGUAUGAUUUUGCUGUAAAUCUUUCCCUUAAAAAAAAUCAAAUGAAUAGUUAGACUAAAUCUGUAUUUUACAUGCAGAUGUAUUUCUUGGUGAGAUGUUUUUUAUUUUGAACUGCAUUGCUGCAAGUCUUUUCUGACCUAUUGUCAAGGAAUAAAUAAUGUCACUUGAGUUAAAUGCUUGGUUAGCAAGAUACUCUUGUUUUUGAAUGUUGAAUCAAUUAGAAUUGAGCGCUGUAGGUAAAUGUGUCCUAAUCCGCUUGUGUUCUGUCCUGUUUGUCUAAAUCAGGUUUUCCCAAACUUGGUCCCCAAUGCACGUUUAGUUUCCCCCCUAGAACUACACAGCUGAUUUCAAAUAAUUAAAGCUUGAUGACAAGUUUAAAAAAAAAAAAAUUUUUUAUCGGCAGCAGAGUGCUAGGGCAAAAAAACAAAAUGUGGACCCAGGACCAAGUUUGGGAAACACUGGUCUAACACAGGGUAACGUACUGAAUUUAUAAUUUCUCUUUAACCAACUGACAAUCUAAUGAUGUAACUUCUGGCAACAAACUACCACGUUGACUCCUGAAUUUGACCCCAAGAAACAGUUUAGAGAUGGCUUGAUAUGCCACCCUUGUUGUAUUUUAUCCGUACCUGCAGUUUUUCAGAAAUUAUAAACAAUACGGAGUAAAUCCCAGAUUAACUUUUCAAAAAAAAAAAGGUUCUGAGCUUGCCAUAUGGACAAUUGAUACAGCUGUAAUGUCAAUUAUACUUACAAUUUUGUUAAAGGGUAAACAAGUCUAACAAUGCCUUCAUAAUUUUAAUCAAUGAAUCUGAUGAAGUGAUUAUGUAGUCAUUGUUGAGAUGCAAUAUACCCAUUUGGUUCAACUGUCACAGCUACCAAGUCACUUUUCCAAAUUGAGAAAAAAAUGUGGUUAAAUUGGUAAAUGUCUUUUUACUGUGAUUUUGUGUGAAGGGAACCACGUUUUAGGAGUGCAAAGAGGCGUGAACAACCGUAAUACAAGCCCUAGCUUUUUUUAACGUCUGUAUAGUUGUUUAGGGUCUUAGCUUAAGGAGUGCAAACAUUCAGUUACGCUGUUGUCCUUUUUAUAAGCUAAAGUAUUUUCUACAGAAAUACUACAGUAUGUAUAUUGUUUUACAUUUACGAAAUUAUGUAACCAAGGAAAAUCUGUCUUAACCUGUUUUGCAGGUUUAUUCUUUUACUGUCAGGUUUUUUUUAACAAGACUGGAAAUAAAUACUUUUUUAUUUCCGAAAUGCAUUAACUAAAUCUUUAGGCUAGCCAGACAUUUUUCUGUUAUCUGUACAACUUAACACUGAUUUUGUGCUGCCCUGCUGUUGUUUAAGGAGUCAGCUUUAAGGUCAGCAUUCUGUUGUCAACACACCAGUUUUAAUGUGGGCUACUCGCGCACUGUCGGACUUGCGCAGUGACUAAGGUUUUAGGUUCAUGGAAGGCGUCAUCUGUCAUUCUUAUUUAAGCCUCAUAAGGAAUAUAUUUAUAUUGGAGUAAGAGAUUUUAAUGCUUGCGCCCAUAUUGUACAUAAUAUUGAUGUACCUCAGUUGUGGUGAUACUGUGUGACCCUUUGGCAGUGGUGGGUUGUGUCCCCUUUAACAGGGGGCCUGAACCCAAUGUUGCUGACCUUUUCAGCUCACUAAUAAGCUCACCGAUUUGCCUUACCCAAUCUAACUCAACCCCCUAAAGUACUUGUUCAUUGGGACACUUCAAGGAGUAAUUUCAAAUUGUGUUUCCAAGUUAGGGUACUUCUCUACAAAGUGGCAUACUAUGUUGGUAGUCACAUGGUACACCUUUUCAUUUCUGGUUUAUAUUAAAAACAAAUGUUACUUAUUGAAUCUUUUGAAAUAUUAUUUGAAUUGUUCAGUCCUGCAGAUGUCCAACUUUCAGCAAAUGCAAGUGUUAAACAAUUGGGUAACCUUGUAAGCAUUUGAAAUGUACGUACAUGUUUGCUAUAUUUAUGAAUGCAUUCAAGAAUAGCUUUAGUGCUGUAGAUAAGUAUUGUCUAUGUUGAUUCAACUGCUUCUCAGAGGCCUCUGUGAUUGACUACAAAGUUCAAAACUGUAUAUUUUGUAUUAUGUUCUAGCUCGGAUAAAAGAAUGUUAAAGCUUUGUUCCCUGAACUUUGUGCUAUGUGAGUCGAUUGAACAAAUUGCAUUCCUUGCUUGUGAAUUUAUGCGUUCUCGUAUUUCCCUGAUCAUCUUCUCAGUUUUUUUGUUGCCUUUGUGAAUUUUGAAAUAAAAUUUCUAGUUUGCAGAAUGUA